AGGUUUGAUCACGUGACCAGCAACCUAGCAAGUAGCGGAUAUAUGGCACUUGAUUACAACGUGUGUUGAGAAGGGUAAGGGUGUUGUCUGUCUGUAUAUCGGAAUAUUGUAACAUAGAGAAGACGUCAGGAUGCAUAGGUCGUACACAACUAUACUACCCACGUCCAACAAAUUAUUACAGCAACGCUGGGACUCUACCUAUUACAACGAACACAGACGAAAGGUGAAGGAUGCUGCUCCCAUGGUGGACACGAAGGCCCCGCCCACGUACAUGCACCUGCAUCUGAAGCUGAAGAAACUGCAGCUGGAGGAGGAGAGGCUGGCCACCAUCGAGAGAGACAACCGUAUUCUCCUGGAGAAGAUGUCCUACAUCAUGAGGACCAGAGGACGAGUGGACAACAGAAACAACUACGAGUACAGGAGUUUGAACCGAGAGAAGCGUCAGCGGGAGCUACUGCGCGUGACGGAAGAAAACCAGUCGAUACUGCGGCGUAUCUCAGAUCGCGGCGCCGAGUACAGCGCUGACCAGCUUCAGCGGGACUGGGAGGCCAACCAGAGGUUCAUGGACAGCAUCUCCCGAUUCCCCAAGGACUGGUGGGUCAACGACAAGGACAAGAAGAAGAGCAGCCGGAGAAGUAGCGCCGUGUCACAGAGGAACCAGCGCCAGAGGGACAACGAGUCGGUGAAGAGCGACUCCCCACAGGAGGAAGACGAAGAUAAGGAGAAAAACGAUAACGAGGAUAAAGAUACUGAUCAAGACAAAAUGAAGAGCUCAAAAAGCAAGAAAGACUCUAAAAACAAGAAAGAGGCAAAGAAGGAAGCAAAAGAUUCUAAAAAGGGAGGGAAGACAGAAGAGGAAACAGAAAAGAAGGACGAAGAGCCUGAAGAUAAGGAUAAACAAGCAGUUAAAGCAUAAAAAAUAUAUAUAUAUUUUAUACUGAUCUGUGAUGAGAAUAUGAUAACCACAGUUAGGGCCACAUCUUUAUCAUUGUAAGCCCCAAAUGAGCAUUUGUGCAAACAAUUGUCAGUUUUUUCGGGAAAAGGUUUGUUUUUCAAAACAUGCAUGUAAGUUUACAUUUCAUUUGCUUUCUUUUGAUAUUUGAAUUAGAAAUAUUCAACCUUUUUGUGUUUUUGAUUUGUGUAAAGUGCAAGUUGUCAGUGACUUUUCUCAAUUUCAUGGGUGUGGGGUUUUACUCAGUGAACGAGUUUCCAGCAUGCUCAAGUUGUGAAUGCCUGACAUUGUAUGAGGGAGU